UGUCCUCCAAGCUGGGCUUGUCCUCUGGUCCAGUUGUUCAGCAAGGUCCAGUUAUCGCCAUCCAUGCCCCAGAUGGCUGCUCAACAGAACCCAAUCCAGAACCAGAAUCUGAACCUGGUGGCGUUAAACGUCUGCUAGGUUUAAUUCCAUUAAAAGGAUCCUCGACUAAUCUAACAGAUUUAAUUUCUUUAAAAGGAUCCUCAACUAACCUAAUGGAUUUAAUUCCAUUAAAAGGCUCUUCAACUAAUCUAAAAGCUAAAGAGAGUAAAGACGACAGCUGGCAGCAAAUCUGCCCAGAAGGGGACAGCGAUGCUGAAAUAAAGGAAUGGUUGAAGGAGCAUCUGGAGGAUCUGGACAGCAGGGAGAUGAAGUACUUCCACUGGUUCCUGCAAACCGCGGACAAGUCCAAGGAUGGCUUCAAGCCGAUAAAGAAGAGCCGCCUGCAGCACGCAGACAUACUGGACACGGUGGAUCUGAUGGUCCAGACCUACACCAGCAUCACCAAGAUGGUGGCAGAGAAGAUUUUCAAGAAGAUGCAUAAAAAUGAAGGAGAUGGUUGUAAAAAUUGGCUUCUGGAUAUUUUGGAAGAGUUGGAUGACAGGGAGAUGGAGURCUUCCACUGGUUCCUUCAAACYGCAGACAAGUCCAAAGACKGCUUCAAACUGAUCAAGAAGAGCCGCCUGGAGGGCGCAGACCGGCUGGACAYGGUGGACCUGAUGAUUCAGACCUACGGCGCUAAAACCAGGGAGGUSACCAAGAAGAUCCUGGGGAAGAUUGAGAAGAAUAAAGAAACUGUUGUUCCUGAAGUUGAAGAACAGAGUAGUCCAUCUUCUCCAGCUGCUGCAGAAGAGAAAGUACUCACCAGGAUGCUUAAUGACUUUGUGGAGAAGGUACCAAAAGAAACRUUAUCACAGCUCAUGGAGGCUCUCAUGACUGGCAAGACCCUGAUGUCAUCAGAGAAGAAGACCAUUCUUCAGAACCACACCAGGGUCAACAUGGCCAGCUGCUUYGUUGACAUCGUGAUGGAGAAGGGAACCGACGCCUCCAAGGAGCUGAUGAACUGUCUUCAAACCAUCAACCCUCACCUGUCCUCUGAGCUGCGCUCACCUUCUAACCCAGAUAAAAAGGUCAAGAAAAGUCUCUUCAGUGCUAUAAGGUUGAAAAGGUUGAUAUCCGACGAACAGGAGGAAUCCUGGCACCAGAUUUGUCCUCCAUGGGACACGGAUGCUGAGUUGAAGCAUUGGCUGAAGGACUCGCUGGAAAAUUUACGGAACAAGGAGGUGAAGUAUUUUCGCUGGUACCUGCGGACCGCAGAUGAGUCCAAAGACGGCUACAAACCAAUCAGAAGGUGCCGGCUGAAGUAUGCAGACAGACUGGACAUAUUGGACCUGCUGCUGCAGAUGUACCCUGGGAAGGUCAAGCUGGUCACAGAGAAGAUCCUGGAGAAGAUCCGUAGCAAUAAAGCACAACACUGGAUUCUGGACUUUUUCGAAGAGUUGGGCGACAAAGAGCUGAAGUACUGCCAGAUGGUGCUGCAGAGCACCGACAAGCUAAAGGGCGGUAUCAGAUCCCUGAAAAGAGCUCCUGUAGAGGACGGAGGGAAGGUGGACGCAGCAGAUGUGAUGAUGAAGAUGUACAGCUCCGACACCAGAGAGGAAGUUGAGAAAGUUCUGAAUGAGCUCAAGGACAGUACAGAUGAUGUUUUAUCUGAUGAUGAGCAGUCGAGUAGUCCAUCUUCUCCAACUGCUGCAGCAGAAAAAGGAACAAAGAACAUGCUCCUGGACUUCAUCAGGAAGGUCUCCAAGGAAACCCUGGAGCAGGUGGUGGAGGCACUGGUGGCCGAUAAGGUGCUGAGCGCCUCAGACAGAAAGUCCAUUUUGGAGAAGAACCGAACCAGAGUGAACAAGGCCAGCUGCCUAGUGGACAUCGUUUAUGAGAGAGAAGUUGAAGACUGCCAGAAGGUGAUCCAUCAGGUCCAACGCAUCGACCCGGCGCUGCACUCUGACCUCAGGCUCUCCCAGCAAGGAAAUGAACGGCGGCUUCCUGGGAAGUCAACAUUCAGGUUUCAGAGACCAAGCGGCUCAGUCCAAGUCUGCUGCAGCAGAGAGCCGCUCCGGGUUCUACUGGGCCGACUGGUGGACGGACUGGGAGGAYAGCUCACCACUGAGAACUUCAGGAUCACAGAUCUCAGGAUGCAGGAGAAGAGUAAGAAGCAACCAGUAGGACGUCAACCCAGCAAACCAGCUGCUAAGAGCUCCUCAGCGUGUCCCUCCUGGUGUUGUCCUUUUCAGAGAGCAGAACUUCAUGAACCUGAACGGAUCCAGUCACCUGGACUUCAGAGUGAAGUUAAAGCUAAAGUUGCUAACACGGCUUCGCUCCUUCAGGGWUUUGUUCAAAAGAUCUGUACUGAAGACCAGGUGGACUUCUGGCCCUCGGUUUGUCCUCCAGGGGAUAAAAAUGCUGAAUCGAAGCUUUGGCURAAGAAGACCUUGGAAAAGUUGGACAACAAGGAGCUGAGAUAUUUCCACUGGUUCCUKCGAACUGCAGACAGCGUUAAACCAAUCAGAAGGAGUCGCCUGCAGCAUGCUGACAGACUGGACACAGUCGACCUGAUGCUCCAAACCUAUCCCAAAAACUUUCAAAAGGUCACCCAGAAGAUUAUGGAGAAGGUCAACAGUCGUAGAAAACAUGAGGUUCAUAACUGGGUUCUGGACUCUCUGGACAAUCUGGACGACAAACAGCUGAAGUACUUCCACUGGUUCCUCCAAACGGCAGACGAGUCCAAGGAUGGCUUCAAACCCAUCAAAAAGAAGGRCCUGGAGGACGCAGACAGACUGGACACAUCGGAUCUGAUGGUUCAGACAUACGCCACAAACACCAAAGAGGUCACAGAGAAGAUCCUGAAGAAGAUCAAGAACAACAAAGGCAAAGACAUACCAGAAGCUGAGGAGCAGAUGAAGCCAUCUUCUCCAGCUGAAGCAGAAAAGAAAGAAGUAUCCCAGGUUCUGGAAGAGUUUGUCAAGAAAGCUCCAAAUGAAACCCUGACCCGGCUGUCAGAGGUUCUAGCAGCGGACGGUGUGCUGAAGUCUUCUGAGAAGCAAYACAUCCUGGAGAAGAACCACACCAGAGGAAACAGAGCGAGCUGUCUUGCUGACACAGURAUGGAUAAAGGAACUGCUGCCUAUAAGAAGAUGAUUCACCACCUUCAGGCUGUUGAUGCUCCACUGUCCUCCAAGCUGGGCUUGUCCUCUGGUCCAGUUGUUCAGCAAGGUGAGUUCUGCUGGUGGUUCAAGGGUCUACACACAAACAUCCUGAGCUUUGUGAUCUUACAUGAUGUUUCUGUCUAUCCAUCAGGUCAAAGUUCACAGGAACCCAAAACCAAACCAGUAUCAGAACCAGGACUUGUUUGUAAACCGGCCAUUCAACAACUCCUUUCUCUUAAGCCUUACCAGAAACCUGUCGACGACGAGAAGGAAGUCUGGCAGCAGAUCUGUCCUGAAGGGGACAACGAUGCUGACGUCAAGCAGUGGUUGAAGGAGCAUCUGGAGGAUCUGAACAGCAGGGAGAUGAAGUACUUCCACUGGUACCUUCAAACUGCUGAUAAGUCCAAGGACGGCUUCAGGCCAAUCAAGAAAUGCCGCCUUGAGCACGCAGACAGACUGGACACGGUGGACCUGAUGGUCCAGACCUACACCAACACCACCAAGAUGGUGGCACAGAAGAUUUUCAAGAAGAUGCAUAAAGACAAAGGACAUAAUUAUAAAGAUUGGCUUCUGGACACUUUGUUAGAGCUGGACGACAAGGAGAUGAAGUACUUCCACUGGCACCUUCAAACCGCGGACAAGUCCAAGGACGGCUUCAAACCGAUCAAAAAGGGUCAGCUGGAGGACGCAGACCGGCUGGACACGGUAGACCUAAUGGUCCAGACGUAUGCCUCAAACACCAAGAUGGUCACAGAGAAGAUCCUGGAGAAAAUUAAGAGUAAUAAAGGUCCGACAGAUGGAAGGAAAUGCUUAAAACAUCAGACCAACUUCCUGCUAAACAUUUAUUCUGGUUCCCAACAGACAAAGGUCUUCCUGAGGUGGAGGAGCAGAUUACUCCAACGUCUCUAAAUGAAAGUACAUCUGGUAUGUUCAUCAGAAUCUGGCCUUCAUCGUAAAGUUUCCAUCAAAGAACUCAGUGAUGUUCUUGUG